AUGAGGCUCACUCCGCCCCUUCUCGAGAGAAUCAUCCACCAGAACCGUGUUACUCUGAUCCCAGCAACUUCCCCCGGCGGCAUCCGGGUGGGAGGCGACGACGGCCGGGUCGGUCCACAGCCUGACCUGCACGCGGGAGUCGUAGUCCUCCGUGGAGAGCCCAAAGUGCUCCCUCGACCAGACGACGACGCAGCGGGCCACGUCCUCGGGGGUGAGGAGCUUCUCGACCAUCUUGUGGACGUUUUGCGGGCGGGCGGACGACCAGAUGGCCAGCUGGAAGUUGUCGAGGCAGUACUCCAUGAAUUUUCUCGCGUGGGGCCGCGCGACGAAGUGGAAGGGCCGCCGCUUGGAGGGCCGGUAGAGGAGCGUGCCGUUGAGGUCCAGGACGACGAGGAUGCGACGGGGCUGGGCGAGGGUGGAUGGUGGUCCUGCGGCCUGUGCUAG